CGCCACGUGGCAAUUCAACUAACACGAGGCGUGGAAGCUGAUGACAUGGCAAGUUAAUCGUGGCAAAAUUGUAUACUCUGUUUCAUGCAUUUUUGUCGUCUUCCUUGGUCAUUUAGAGGAGGACAGGGAGCAGUGUGACAGUGAGCAGCGAGUGAAUCAAACUGCAACUAUGGAGGAGAGCAAGCUGAAGCUGUAUUCAUCCUGGCGGAGUUCCAGCUCCUGCCGUGUCCGAAUUGCCCUCAACUUGAAAGGUCUGAAAUACGAGUACAAAGCAGUGAAUUUGUUGAAAGGAGAGCAGUUCAGUCCAGAGUUUUCAAAGCUCAGUCCUCUCAAUUAUGUGCCCACGUUGGUGGAUGGGGACAUGAUAGUUGUUGAAUCUUUUGCUAUUCUGAUGUAUCUGGAAGACAAGUAUCCUCAACAUCCAUUGUUGCCUCCUGAUCUAAAGAAAAGAGCUAUCAAUUACCAGGCUGCUAGUUUUGUUUCCUCAAGCAUACAGCCACUUCAGAAUUUGGUUGAACAGAAAUAUAUUGCGGAAGAGGUUGGUAGUGAUGAGAAGCUCUCAUGGGUCAAACAUCACAUGGAAAAAGGCUUUGCAGGUAUUAAUGCUGUUUUAUUUGCACUGGAGAAGCUCUUAAAAGACCAUGCUGCAAAAUAUGCAAGUGGAGAUGAAGUUUUCCUGGCUGACUUAUUUCUAGCGCCCCAGAUUCAUGAUGCGCUUACAAGGUUCAAUGUCGACAUGACUCAAUUCUCUCUUCUAUUGAGGUUGAAUGACGCAUACAAUGAAUUGCCAGCAUUCCAAGAUGCCAUGCCUGAAAAACAGCCCGAUUACCUUCAAUCAUAGGUCCAACUUCUGAAUCACAAAAUGGAGCUUUUUGAGAUUUGGCUUAUCUUGUGGAAUGGCAAUACUGGCUGGGCUGCCAUUUUAUCAGCUGGAACACUGUGGGUGGUUGUGAAUAAAUAAUCGACAAAUCGUGCACUGCUGUGAUCAUACUAAAAUGUCUGUCCAAAGUUUCCACAACUUCUUGUUUCGUAUCUAUAUUACUACAUCAAUGAUACUGCUUCUCAGUUCUGCCA